GUGGCACGUGUCUUGUGGGACAAAUACUUUUGUGUGUUUGGGUUUCCUGAACGCAUACACAGUGAUCAGGGGGCAAGUUUUGAGGGCCAGUUGAUUGGUGAACUUCUUUGGGUGUCUGGGGUACAGAAAUCGCAUACAACUCCCUACCAUCCUAUGGGGAAUGGUAGUGUGGAGAGAUUUAAUAGAACCCUGAGGAGCAUGAUUCGUGCAUUGGCUCCUGAUGCAAAGCGUAAUUGGCCAAGACAACUUCAAUCUUUGACUUUCUUGUACAACUGUACUGUUCAUGAGACGACGGGCUAUGCUCCAUUUUAUCUCAUGUUCGGUAGAGUUCCUCGCCUUCCUGUUGACAUAAUCUUCCGCUCUGUAUUGGAGGAUCACACUGUGACUUGCUAUGACAAGUAUGUGGCUUCUCUUUUGAAAGAUUUGGAGGAGGCUUUGUCAUUAGCUCAAGCGCAUGCUUCAAAGGAACAGAGUAGACAUGCAGUGCUCUACAACAGGAGAGUCAAAGGUCAGGGCAUUGAUGUUGGUGAUCGUGUUCUUCUAGCGAACAAGGCUGCGAGAGGCAAGCGAAAACUAGCUGACAGAUGGAUGUCCGCCGUCUUUGUCGUGGUGGAUAGAAAUGUAGACACUCACAUUUUCAAGAUAAGAGAUACAAGCACUGGUCAGGAAAAGGUUGUGCAUCGCAAUCUUUUGCUACCUGUGAACUUUUUGCCAUUAGACAAAGCGGAGUGUGCAGUAUCCGACACAGUUUCAUCUUCGUCUGUGCCUGAUUCAUGUGAUGAAAACAACGUUGCAAACUCUGUGACAAGAAUGGGUGUUGACAGUUUGAACUCGGGGCAGAGUGUCAGAGAUGGUGGGUUGGCAAAGACGCACGAGGAUUCGGAGUCUGUUAAACCUGAUGAUGGUCUGUCUCUUGAUGCUAAUGUCUCAACUUCUACAAUUGACAGUUGUGCCAGAACGUCUGACUGGGUUUCUGGGUUGCCUGAUAAAUGUUCACAGCUGGGAUCAGUUGUGUCUUUGAGCAAUGUUUCAGUGAGUGCACGAAACGAACAGUCUGACUUUUCGAGUGUUACUGGGUAUUUGGAUUCAGAGGUUGAAUCUGUGAGUCUUGUACAUCCUGUGAUUUCAAAUCCUUCAGCAGAUGUUUCCAAAGUUGAUGAUGAAGAUGUGUCACGUUCUGACACCGGGACCUUUAUCGUGGCCAGGUCUCGUUUUGGACGUCUCCUUAAGCCUGUGAAUAGACUGUUGUACACUAUGUCUAGACAAGAUGUUGUGUCAAUGCCUAGUUGCAGAAUUCAGACAGUUUGAAUGUUUAUUUGUUUUAGUACUAAGUUGUUCAAUAUGUUUGUAAACAAAUAUCGUUUAAGAUGAACAAAUAAGACAAAAGGUACAACAUUUUUUUUUUUUUUUUUUUUUUCCAAUGUUUUAAUGUUUUUUUUUCUUUCCAUGAUAUACCUUGAUGAGUGUAUUACAUUUACUUUACUGUAUACCUUGACAUGGAGUUUUGUGAGAUGUAUAUGGGCAUCUUACUGCCAGAUGUUGGUCUGAGAGUGUUGCGCUACUCUCUUUCCACUUCAUCUUCUUUUCAGAUAACCUAGAGUUUGGCAUACCAGUAGGUAUCUCUGUGUGUGUACGCCAAUGUGAAUGUAUUGAAGUGUGUUUUAUUUUUGUGCUACCGCUGCUUAAAUUCAGUAGAAUUCAGUGGGGGUGAAUGUAACAGAGUUAGAUUUGUAUUUAGUUUUAUUGUGAAUCCUCCUGAAUUCAACAGCAGUUAUUCAUUUCAUGUUAAAAUAGUGCCCUCAUGUGGUUUGUUUGGGAGCUGCAGACAAAAAUGCGUGGUUUGACGGUAAAUAGGGUAACUCAACAGUUGCUAUGGGGAACGCGAGCUGUUGAUACAUGUUAUGUCUGCAGCAAAACACCACUGAGAGGAUGUUUUAUUUCACUUUUCAGUAAAUACCAAUCAACAAAAACGAUGUGUCCUUGCAAUUUAUUGAGAAAUUGAGCCCACUGACUGCUGUUCAUCUGAGUGCAUGAAGAACGAAUGAGCGAAAUUGGUUAAAUCACAACG